AUCGCAGUGGAAAUCCAAAGGCUAACGCGAUUGGCAACGGUCUGGAGGCGUCGUCCCCGAGCGCGACCCUGCGCCACGAUGGAGAAGGCAGCCGCGGCGCGACGGUCCUGAAGUCCCGCGGCGCCCCCUCCCCCGCGGCCGAGCCUGGCCGGGCGCCGUCCCUGGGCGUGUGCCCCGCCGCAGCCCGCGGAGCCUCCGUGGCUCCUGAAAAAGGGGGCGGGGAGCGCGGCGAGCGGCCCGAGUCUGCGGCUUCCUCCCCACGCCCGAUCCUCCGCGCAGCGCCCAGAGGACGCGCGCCCGAGCCCGGUCCCUACGCCGCAGCGCGCCCGGGCCCCCGGCCCAAGCCAGAACAAUCGACCAUGACAACCGAAUCGGGAUCAGACUUGGAAUCCAAGCCGGAGCAGGAGGCCGAGCCCCAGGAGGCGGCGGGACCAGAGGGUCACGCGGGAGCACAGCUCGGGGCGCAGCCAGGAGGCGAGCCGGGCACUGAGGAGCAGCCCCAGGCACUGGAGCAGUUCGAGGAGGCAGCAGCGCACAGCACGCCCGUGAGGAAGGAGGUCACUGACAAGGACCCGGAGUUGGCCGCCGGACCUUCCAAACAGCCCGAAUAUCAGCAAUUCGAAGACGAUAAACUUUCUCAGAAAUCAUCUAGCAGCAAACUAUCUCGAUCUCCAUUAAAGAUUGUCAAAAAGCCUAAAAGCAUGCAGUGCAAAGUGAUACUUCUGGAUGGAUCAGAAUAUACCUGCGAUGUAGAGAAACGCUCCAGAGGCCAAGUGCUGUUUGAUAAAGUAUGUGAACAUCUGAAUUUGCUAGAAAAAGACUAUUUUGGGCUUACAUAUCAAGAUGCUGAAAACCAGAAGAAUUGGUUGGACCCUGCUAAGGAAAUUAAAAAACAGAUUCGAAGUGGUGCUUGGCACUUUUCAUUUAAUGUGAAAUUUUACCCACCAGACCCUGCCCAGCUGUCUGAAGAUAUCACCAGGUACUACCUCUGCUUACAGCUGCGCGAUGACAUCGUGUCUGGCAGGCUGCCCUGCUCCUUUGUCACCCUUGCCACGUUGGGCUCGUACACCGUCCAGUCAGAACUGGGAGACUACGACCCAGAUGAGUGUGGCAGUGACUACAUCAGCGAGUUCCGCUUCGCGCCAAACCACACAAAAGAACUAGAAGACAAAGUCAUCGAGCUGCACAAGAGCCACAGAGGAAUGACGCCCGCAGAAGCAGAGAUGUAUUUCUUGGAAAAUGCCAAAAAGCUCUCCAUGUAUGGGGUGGAUUUACAUCAUGCCAAGGAUUCUGAAGGAGUUGAAAUCAUGUUAGGAGUGUGUGCAAGUGGUUUGUUGAUAUAUCGUGACCGACUACGCAUCAACAGGUUUGCCUGGCCAAAGGUUCUAAAGAUUUCAUACAAACGGAACAACUUUUACAUUAAGAUCCGGCCGGGAGAGUUUGAACAAUUUGAAAGCACCAUCGGGUUUAAGCUGCCCAACCAUAGAGCGGCCAAGCGUUUAUGGAAAGUGUGUGUAGAACACCAUACAUUUUUCAGACUGUUGUUACCAGAAGCACCUCCAAAGAAGUUCCUUACCUUGGGUUCCAAGUUUCGUUACAGUGGCAGGACACAAGCCCAAACCAGAAGAGCUAGUGCAUUGAUAGACCGCCCAGCCCCUUACUUUGAACGUUCUUCCAGCAAACGUUAUACCAUGUCUCGCAGCUUGGAUGGAGCCUCAGUGAAUGAAAACCAUGAAAUAUACAUGAAGGAUUCUGUGUCUGCUGCAGAGGUUGGUACUGGCCAGUACAUAACAACAAAGGGCAUCUCUCAGACCAACUUGAUCACCACUGUGACUCCGGAGAAAAAGGCAGAGGAGGAGCGGGACGAGGAAGAGGACAGACGGCAAAAGGGCGAGGAAGCCACACCAGUCGCUGCCGUACGGCCCGAGGGAAAGCUCCCCGAGUCCUUCCCCUCUCUUCUGGAUGACGAUGGCUACCUGUCUUUCCCCAGCCUUUCCGAGAGCAACCUCCUGCCCCAGAGCUUGCAGCAUUACCUCCCCAUCCGCUCACCCUCUCUGGUGCCCUGCGUCCUCUUCAUCUUCUUCUUCCUGCUCUCCGCCUCCUUCUCAGUGCCAUACGCCCUCACUCUCUCCUUCCCUCUGGCUCUGUGCCUCUGCUGCCUGGAGCCCAAGGCGGCCUCCUUGAGUGCCUCACUAGACAAUGACCCGAGUGACAGUUCAGAGGAAGAGACCGACAGUGAGCGCACGGACACUGCGGCCGAUGGGGAAACCACCGCCACUGAGUCGGACCAGGAGGAAGAUGCAGAGCUCAAGGCACAGAAUAGUCUGAUUAAGCGAAUAAAGGGUGAAAAUGUGUAUGUCAAACAUAGUAAUCUUAUGUUAGAGGAGCUAGAUAAAACCCAAGAUGACCUGAUGAAACAUCAGACCAAUAUUAGUGAGCUGAAAAGAACCUUUUUAGAAACCUCCACGGACACUGCUAUCACGAACGAAUGGGAAAAGAGGCUUUCCACCUCCCCUGUGCGACUAGCCGCCCGGCAAGAGGAGGCACCCAUGAUCGAGCCGCUGGUAGCUGAAGAGACCAAAGAAGAAAGAGAGAUUUCUGAAAAGGUUCUAUUUUUGCAUCAAGGAAGCUCUCCAUUCUUUGAGUCUCAGCCGAGUGUGAUAAAGAAAAUUCAGGAAGGAGGCUCUGUGGUUACCUCUCGUCAAAUCAUUUUCCAGAAAACUGUCCCAUCGACCCUAGAGGGCACAGAGGACUGGGUUAUUGUAGACAAAAUACCCACUGAGGUAGUUGAUGGUGAUUCGAAAAAGACUGUGACGUACAAGGUGGUGACCGCGAGCGGUAGAACUGAUGACAUCCCCACCGACUUGUUAGGAUCUAGCGCCACUGAAGUUCAGAGCUUCGAAGACUUGGCCCGAGAAAUGCACUUGAAGGAAGAGAACAAACAGAAAAUAUACACACUCGGAAAGUCCUAUGAUACCGUGUCCGGAAAAAUUGUCACUAUGACAGGAAAAGUCAAAGAAGGGGAGAAGGUGUUGUCCCCCUCCCCUCUUGAGCCGGGACUAGCCGAGUCCGUGAAGACCCCCCCUGUCCUGGCAGAGUUCGAGGUCCUGGGAGCCCUCACCGAGGACAGGACCAGCAGGGGGCCUGAGGUCCACACUCCAAAGCGGAGGCCGUCGGAGUCGCUGGCCCCCAUCAGGGAAGCCGAGUCCCGGCAGCAGAGCCCCGAGGACGAUGCUCUGGAGAAAAGGCACGCACCCGGGAGGGAUGCCAGCCUGGAGGGCGAGCGGCUGGGCAGAGCGGAGCCCGAGGCCGAGGCCGAGGCCUUGAAGGUGGGGCCCUCCGGUCCCCACGGGAAGAGCCUGUCCGAGUGGAUAUACUCCCAGGAACCGGCCGUCACCGUCGCCACCACCCGAUACGUUGUCACAGAGUCGGCCACGUCCCAAGUCGUGACUAAACAGUCUUCUGGAGAAAAGCUCAUGGAUGGCUCUGAAAUCUUCAGCUUAUUAGAGUCUGCGAGAAAACCGACAGAAUUCAUAGGCGGGGUUACUUCCACUUCUCAAAGCUGGGUGCAGGAAACGGAAACCAAGACGGAGUCUGGCAAAAUAGAGAUGGAAACAACCCAGCGCCCCCAGCCACUUAGCACCGAGAAGGUUGUGCAGGAACCGGCAUUGGUGGAGGAAAGACAUGUGAUGAAUGUGCAUGCGAGUGGGGAUGCUUCUUACGCAGCUGGAGAUGACAUGGAUGCUGUGACCCAGGCAGCAUCUGCUGAUGCUUCUGAUGGGAAAGGGAAGGAGAUCUCUGCUCUGACUGAGGGAGCAAAGGAGGAAAAAGGGGAGGUGGCCGACAAAGCUGUCCUCAAGCAGGGAGAGAUGGCAGCUGCUUCCCAAGAGCCAGAGGAGGAGCAGAGUGCAGCCAUCCACGUUUCUGAAGCUUUGGAACAAAAACCUCAUUUUGAGUCAUCAACUGUGAAGACAGAAACCAUCAGCUUUGACAGUGUUUCACCAGGAGAAGUAAAGCUAGAAAUUUCUACCAAGGAAGUGCCUGUGGUUCACACAGAAACCAAAACCAUAACAUAUGAAUCAUCACAGGUCGAUCUUGGUGCUGAUUUGGAGCCAGGUGUGCUCAUGAGCGCACAGACGAUCACAUCUGAAACCACUAGCACCACGACCACCACCCACAUCACCAAAACUGUGAAAGGGGGCAUUUCAGAGACGAGAAUCGAGAAGCGAAUCGUCAUCACGGGAGACGCGGAUAUUGACCAUGACCAGGCACUGGCUCAGGCAAUUAAAGAGGCCAGAGAGCAGCACCCUGACAUGUCAGUGACCAAAGUAGUGGUCCAUAAAGAGACAGAGAUCACCCCUGAAGAUGGAGAGGACUGAGCCCAGGAAUAACCUAGGCUGCACCUGAAGCCAGUCAUGCAAACCAUUAUGAAAAACCAGAAUCUAUAUGGAGUUUCCUCUUCUAACCCACUGAUUUGUAUCUGCCCAUGGACAAUUUCAAUCCAGAAGAACUGACCUUGACCAUUUAAUAAAGACACUGGCAGAGAUAUUCCCAUAAUAAAGCAAUCUGAGUCAGCAUCACUAAACUGAUAAUGCAUGAAGCAACGAUACAAUUACAAAGCAAGCAGCAUUUUUACGUUUCACACAGUGUCUAAGUUCUCAGCUACACCUGCACGUUCAUAACCAACAAUAGAAACCGUGAUCUCAUGUAACACAUAAAACAAUCCAUGCCUUUCAUAGCUGAUUAUUAUUAAAGUCUAAACAAAAUUGCAGUUUCUUAGGUGACAGAUCUUUUGUUUACAGAUCAACAAAGAUUACCCUAAACUGCUAGAAGCUGUCUAGUCCAGUGUGUCAGGUUUUUCCCAUAUUAGAUGUGCCAAUAACCGAGUUUAUUCAGUAAACAACUUGAAUCUUGUACUUGUCUCCUCUGGUUUAUUACUCUCACCUGUCAGCAGUAACGACUCUCCGAUCCUCUGGAAAUAUUUAAUGCUCACACUCCUGCUUUGUGUAAUCUAAUUUAACCGUUAUAAAGUAGUACUGACUUUAGCAUAUUAAUGUGAUUUCUUCCCCGUCGUCCGCUUUGGUCUGUGUUCAGUCUGGAAAGCUUCCCAGAGUUCCCUAACAAGUCCUAAAUAUGUAAAUUGUCAUUAUUUUGGAAAGAAAACCUGUAUUUUUGUUAGUUCACCGUAUGAUGAAAUUUCACUCCGGGAAAACCCGUUGGGCUUCUGUUGCUUUGUUUUCUUUCUUCAUUUCUUCGUCCUUGUAUUUUUUUAAUGGAUUUUUCUUCUUUUACUUGAAAAAAAGUGUUUUAUUUCCAAAUCUGGUCCAUAUUUGCAGUCUAGUUCAGAGCCAAGCCUUAAACUGUACAGAGUUUCCACUGUAAUAAAACUAUUUAGUGUUUAGUUAUAAAUAGCCUUCAAAAAGUUAUAUUCUCCAUCUCACUGUCAACCGCAUCGCACAGCCAUGGUGAAUGUAUGUUUCCGCAUAGCAAAAUAAAAAUGGUAAAUGCAUUUAAACCUCUUAUUCUCUAAGUGUACUACUUUCAGGAUUGUACGUGUUUGGCCCAGAGCUAACAUUUGCAUGACAUCAAAGGCCUCAUUCAUCUUCAGGGUAGAGAGAGCCUGUCUUUUUCCAGGAGAAAAAGUGUAGACAGAUGGGGAACGAAAUACGUGUAGAUAAAUGGUUGGUUGCCUAUGCAGGCCUUGAAAAGUACAACUAGUAUCACAGAAUCUCACUUUCAAAGUUUUCGUUUUUCUGUUAGAAGACAGGCUGUGCUAUAAUCCCAGUGUUUCUGGGGGCUUUUAAUCUACCAGAGAGACACCUCUGUCUCACAUCCUCUCCAGAGACGAGCAGGUUGGCAGCUGGGUCUGCAGGGCCGUGAGUGUUUCUGCAGCUCACUGACAUCCAGCUGCUCGCAUGCCGGGGACUAAGAAUCAGCCUUUCCGUUACCAACCGCCCACCUAACGCCUAAAUGCAUUCGCUGGCAUUUCUUACCUCACUUCUGGACUUUGAAAAAAACUCUAAAAAAAAUGUUUUAUUCUUCCUCAGAAAAUUACUAGAUUUGACCACAGAGCUUAGUUUUACUGAGGGAGUCAGAGUCUUAUCAUUUAUCUCUGAAGGAGUUCUCAGUUUGUCCUUACUGUCAGUACUAAGUAUUCAUUUUAGGAACUGAAGCAUCAUUUUCAUUGUGUUUAAAGCCAAUCCAAAGAAACGUGUUGAGAAAAAUUAACACUUUAUUGAUAUGAAAAUUAACCCUUUAUUGAUAUGCCUGCAUCUGAUAUGCUUACUUUGUGUCCAAAAAGUUCACUCUUUUAUUUUUCUAAAAUUUUUAUUGAGGUAUAAUUGA